UUUGCUUAUACCGCAAAAUAAGCUUAUGUUCUUACGAAAACUUAAAUCGUUGGAUUAUCAUAAUCGAAACGAUUUUGAUUGUGCAAAUGAUGUUUUUUUUAAAAAAUUAAUAGUAUGGUUAGAAAUAAACCACUUAAAAUUUAGAAAAUUAGAUAGAAAUUUACAUGAUUUAAACAAUAUUAAUUGGUUUAACGUUUUUCAACAGUAUUUAAAAGAAAUAGCAUGCCCAUAUUUAGAAGAUGAAAGACAUGAGAUUUUAGAUUGGUUACUAGGUGUGGCUAUCAAACUAAAAUUUAAUGAUAAUUUAGAAAAAUAUCAAAAUGUUGGUGCUAAAUUAAAUUUAGGAAAUGAAAAUAUUCAACACAGCAAUUCUUUGGACAAUCUUGAUUUUGACAGUACCGAUUUUAAGGAUGGAGUUGCCCAAUUAUCUAAUAUUUUGAACAUUCCUCAACAUCCAAACCAUUUGAUAACAUUAGAGGCUAUAUGUAAAUUUAUUCUGGAAACAUUUUCUAUAGACAAAACCAAAUUGAUAAAAGUGGGGAAGCCACCAAACAUCAAAGAUAACAAAACACUAUCACUUGAUGAAAUUGAUUUGGGAUUCUCGUGUGAAAACAAAAGCAUGAAAGUGAGUGAGUUAUAGGACGGUGCCGAUAUUUAAUAUCACAUCGGCACCGAUAUUUAGCGUUUUCAAAAACCGAUCCGAUAUUUUUAAUCCGAAGAUUGCUGCCAUGUUUAUGGGCCCGGGCCCAUAAUUGAUCUGGCUAUUGAUACUGAUCUUCUCGUUAUCUCGGUCCCACCGUGGUCAUCGCGUCCAUGCGGACUGUAAGGCCAUGAUGUGACCAAUGUUUCAUAACGGUUCGGGGCUUCGUCGUUGUCCGCUGCCAUAGAUCUGCGCCUGAAGCUUUGGGAGUUAGUAGGUUGGUAAGCGGAUCCAAACGCGAAAGUAAUAAUUCAAAUUUUUAAAGCACAAAAAGCGACGA